AUGACGGACCAGACCCUGAAUCACUCUCACCCCCUCUCGCAAACCCCAAAUUCAGAGCAAACCCCAAGUCCAACAACAGACCAACACCAAAAAGAAGCCCUAGCAGCCUUCACAGCAACAUUACACUCAGUGGGCACAAACCUAGAAGCACCACUCCGGGAUCGAGCAAGCAAUAUUCAAUCCAACGCCGUGGCCCUGGACCGACAACAAGCCGAACUAGCAGAGAAUACGCAGCGGCUGGCGCGGCAGAAUGCGCAGUGGCUGGGCUUUGCGGAUGAGACGAGGGAUGGGUUGAAGGAGAUUGGGGAUGUGCAAAACUGGGCGGAGCUGAUUGAGCGAGAUCUGUUGGCGUUGGAGGAUAUGAUGGAUUCUGUGGAGGGACGCAGACGAGGGAGUGGGAGCGGGAGUGAAUCAGAUUCGGAUCGGGGGUCGGAGGAGGAUAUGGAUCUGGAGAGUGAUGAGGACGGUGCGUUUGAGGGACAUGGUGAUAGUGCUGUUAACGGGGGCGCGGAUGGUGUUGUGAAUGGGAAUGGGAAUGCAAAGAAGGUGGAGCGGCCGGCCUGGAGUUGGUUGCGAUGGUGGUGA